CGCAAUUUCUUUUAUAUCACAAAAAAAGAAGAGGGGAAAGUAGAUUUUAGGGACGGAAAUUCAUAUAAACCAACUGGUCUGACGUAUGGGCAAAUUCUUUAUAGAAGCAUAAGCAUAAGGAAGAAGAAGAAGAAGAAGAAGAAAAAAAGGAAGAUAAAGAUUCAUAUAACAAAAAUGGAGGCAGAUCUUUUAGUUACUUGUCCCUAUAAUCCAGCACAUCGCAUUGCUCAAUACAAAUUGAUGAAUCAUGUAGUUAAAUGCAAGAAAAGUGCUAAAACAGAAAACAAAAUAGAGUGUCCAUUGGAUAGAAGCCAUAUAGUAGAUCAUGACAACCUUAAGGAACAUAUUGCAACAUGUCCAAGUCUUGGAAAAUUGAUAGAUGUGGAUACUGGGCAUGUUAAACAAGAAAGAGACAUAACUGAUACACAUAGGUCGACUGAAAACUGGGAGGAGGAACCAGAAGUUCCAUCUUAUAAUCCAAUGGAAAUGUCAGCAAAUAAAAAAGUGAUACGAUUCAUGCCUGGAUUGUCAAAAUCGGAGAAAAAAAAAUUUAGAGAUAGCGAACGAAAACGUAUAGCAAAUCUUAAGGAAGAGAUUAAUAUCAUAAAAACUACUCCAUUGUUGGUAAAAGAUGUGGUACAAGAACCACCAUUACGUCCUCCAUGUAUUACUUCUGCGAUAUUUAAUGUAGAAACUACACAAAAUAAUUUUGACAAAAGUCGGAUAAAUGAUACUCUAGAUACAAGUAUUCAAACUGAAUCAAUUCAUGAAUUUCAAAAUUUAUUCUAUAAAACAUUAUAUGAUAAAUUAGCUCCUGAAUGCAAUGACACUAAUCAGCAGUUGAAACAUUCUCUGUAUAACACUGAUAUGGGAGCAUCUGCACAAAAUUAUUCUCAGCACAUCAAUGGAGAAAAAAAAAAUGUGUCAUUCUUUAAUCAAAAUCAUGAGAUAAAAGUUAAAAAAACUCAGUUAAAUGAAACUUUUGAAAUAUUCAAUGUUGAUAACAUAAAAAAAGAAAAAAAUGAAUGUGUUAUUGAAAAUACUUCUAAAACAUCUGAACGAGUCACAGAUAAACUUUUGGGUUACUUAAAGAGUAAUUCGGAUGACAAAAAAGUAGAAUUUGUAGAAGAGAUAAAAAAGAUCAGUCAAAAUGAUAGAGAUUCAGAAAAGGAAUUAAAAUGGGAUGAUGUCUUUAAUAAAUUCAAUGAUCGAUUAGCUUAUUUGACAGAUAUUCAGAACGCUGCUGCUGAAGAGAGUGCGCUUUUACUCAAACAAUUGAAAGAACUUAAACUGCGUAACGAACCUAAUUUGAAAAAAUAAACUUCUCAGACUUUACGUACAAUGACAAUAAUAUAUCCUACACAUUAUGUUAGUAACUUGAACAGAGAUGUGAGGAACAUAUUAAAUAUUUUUUUUUAUACUUUAGUGCCAAAUUUAUUGGCAACUAAAUCUUUAAAGAAAAAAGCUAUUUAGUUUGUUUAUAUAACAUUAUAGAUAUUUUUGCAUACUAACAUAUUUGGUUAACUAAAAGUUAUAAUAACUCAUUAUUCAUCUAGAUAAGUAACGGUUAAUGUGUUUAGAUCAUAUUUGAAAUUUAUUAAUAAAUAUUUUUACAAUGCUA